AUGCCUUUAACAACUCCGGUUCUGACGGUGGACGCCGAUAAUAUUCACAAGGUGGACACUGCUAAUGCUCAGAGCCUUCAUGGAAUGUGGAUGGUCUUCUCGAAAUGCGCCGACUACAUGGAUCAGGGCCGUCGGCUCGAGAACCUGAGCUGGCGCCUGUGGACCCGGGAGACCUUCUGCGUUGAACCCGAGAAGUCCAACGAGGCUUCCGUCCUUCCGAAACUUCGCUCCGAGGCCGGUGAUCUCCCGGAGCUCUCCGCCAGUGUCGAAUCGGCCGCGUCCGACCAAGCCGAACGUAUCGAAGCUCACAUCAAGCGCCCUCAAUUCUCUGACUACCGUCCUGCCGUCGUCCGUGAGGACUCCAUGGCUAGCCUGGGCCGCGGUAAGGAGAAGCACAUCACCUCGCUGGAUCUGGAGCGCAUGGUCCUCAACAUCAAGGAGCGGAAGAGCCUCGAGCCGCUGACACCGGCGAUGGAGCCUGCUGCGCCCGUCGUCGACAUCACUCCCCGACCUUCUACUCCUACUCCCACUCCUCCCUCCGUUACUACGGCCCGUCAGGUUGCUCCAUUCCCCCGUCCUUCCCCGUUGCCCCGUGAAUCGACUGAGUCUUGCUCGACUACUGCCCCCGAGGGCAACGACAGCGAUGCCGCCCAUGUCAACGCAUCCGAUACCAGCGUCUCGUCCUCUGGUGUUCUCCCCGCCCGCCCGAGUCUGAUCAAGUCUCCCAGUGUUGUUCGCGGCUUUUCUCCUUCCAACAUAUCUUCUUCCUACCGGUCGCAGCACAAAUUGUCGGUGGACGCCAGCCCUCGCGACGCCUCCCAGGCCAAGCCAUCCCCUCUCAAGAAAAAGGGAGGCAUGUUCACUCUGGGUGGUUCUUCUGCAGACGACGACGAGAGCUCGUUCGAAGAUCGGCUCCGCCCUGUCCCUGGCUCGAACCGACCUAGUCACGGUUCAUCAUUGAAGCCUACUACGAGCAACCCGAGCCCCUCCAAGAAGGUCGCCUCUUUCAGCGACGAGGUUGCAACCCGCACCAUUCGCCCUUUGAAGAGCCCGCUGAGCGCCGACGAGGACGCCAUUGAGUCUGACGACGAGGUCUCGGAAAGUGCCAUUGAGGAUGACGAGGAUUCCGAUUGGGAGGACUCUAUCACAGAGAGCGGUACCGCCAGCGUGGACGAGCGACCCGAGAUGUUCCAGCGAGUGGAUUCGCGACCUAAUCUUGUGUCCCGCCGGUCGCUUCUUACAAUGAUGAUGCACCAACCUACCAAAAUGAACAUGCCUAAUGGAAACGCAUUCCGGUCCAGUCCCGCGCUGCAGCGAGCUCGCCUGACAUCACCCAACGGUCCCUCGAUCCCGACUUCGCCUCCUGAAAAGGACGAGGAAAACCUCACCAUGCGUGGUCCCGAUGUGCCUCGAUCCAAGCCCAUCGGCAUGAAGACGCCUGGGCCCCAGUCGGUCGCUCACUCCCCUCGUACCACCCGCCGCAACAUGCUUGCGACCGAAUUGACCGAAUCACUUCGCCGACACCUGCUCUGGGAGCGUCAACAGAAGAGCGCGACCGCCAAUGCCUUCAAGCGCCGCCACACUACCCAUGAUAUGAAGAAUUUGCAGGAGUACCCUGGUCCCAAGGAUGCUGGCUCUAAGGGACCUCACCAGGCCCCGGGCGUGGGUCCUUCCGGCACCGUCGAUGGAAACGCCUCCAACCAAUUUGAAACGUCUAAAGAUCUUGCUAAGAACGGAUCAUGGACCAACUACGCGACGGACUUUGGCCCUUGGGAAUACCAUGUCAAGGGCUGGUAG